AUGCGUGAGGGUGAAAAGACAGCUGAGGUCCGCGGGCUUGCGAUGGAUGCGCAGCCGGCGGAGCCCGCCGCCGUGGGCGUUGUGCAAGCGAUGCAGCGCUGCCUUAUAUUCCACAAGUCCGCGGAGGCGCCGUUCUCCACCACCGUCUUUUGCAACCCGGACGGGGCGGUGAAGAAUGUGAGGGAGCAGUUGCAGGACGGAGGGUCUACCCCCGACGGCCUUUGCGUUUGGGUGGACAUGCAGGGGUGCACCGGGGAGCAGCGCCGGAGUAUGCUCCAGCUGCUCUUCCCGCACAUGGGACCAAGUCAGAUUGAAGGGGCGCUCAGCCCUGACACGUAUGACGCAGUGGAACUGCAGUCGGUGAAAGGGGAGUACCUCAUUGGCGGCAUCGCGUGUUCGCCCAGCCGCGUUCCUUCCUCCCCUGGCCUCGCCGCGUCGGAGUUCGAAGGGGAGAACACAGUUCUUUGCUCCUUUGCGUGCAGCGACCGUUUUUUGCUGACGAUGCAUGCAGUCCCGUUUGUCGGUUUUGCGGAGCUGCUGCGGCACGUCGAGGUGGGGGGUGGUCUCGGGCAGCGCAGGGGCGAGGCUGCGCUCACCAGCGCCCCGGCCUCACUGCAGACGAGCACCACAAGUGCCGGCAUUCUCUUUGUGCUGGUUUGCUUUGCUUGCGAGGCAUUCCUCCCUGAUCCCACCUCGCUGCUUGCCGAGGUGGGCAACAUUGACGAGAUGGUGCUCCUCAUCGCCCCCGGCGAACGGGACCAGGUGGAUCUGCUUCGCCGCGUGGCGGUUUUGCGCCGCCGCAUCGCCAACUUCCGCAUGGGGUUGUACCUGAAGGAAAAGCUAUUGCAGGAGCUUAUUGCGCCCGCCAUGCGUGCGUCGUUUGUGGCGAAUCCGCCGGGCGCGGUGCAGGCGUACAAGGAGACGCUGGAUAAGGUGCAGCAGGUGUCGGGGCGGCUCGAUGACACCCGAGACAUGCUCAUUCAAGCAAACUUGAAUUUUGUCUGUGGUGUCUCCAUGCGGAUGGCGCAGGGGUCAGCUGUACUUGAUUUCAAGAUGUCCAUACUGAACCAGGUGGCAGCUGUUUGUCUCCCCAUCCAUCUUGUUAUUUCGCUGUUUGGCAUGAACUGCAAGGUGCCGUACACCAAAGAUGACUACCCCACGCUUACUGCGUUCUGGGUCAUCUGUGCGGGGUUUGCUCUGUGGGCUAUCUUGUUCAUGUCUCCGUUGAUUCUUGACGCCGUUCGGGGGCUAAAGGCACCACCCGUCGCGCCGUACUCGUGA